CUCCGGAGCCGUCGGAGGGAGCCGGAGCGCUUCUCCUGAGAAGGCUUCUCCGGACCUGUACGCCGGCCCUCCCCCCAGAGUGGCACCGAACCUGACUGAACGCUUUCAGCCUGCCUGCCAAGGGAGUCCAGAUUUUCGUUAAGAGUUGGUGAUCAGUCAAUGGUGGUCCAACAUGCAGAAGUGAGUGAGUGGUGAAAAGCAGCAGAGCUGAUGGGUCAUGAGGAUGUAAGUGCGUUUGAAGGCUCUCACACCCUUUACUCCAGGACAAAAUCAUGAAUAAACUGGAGGACACGCAGGACCAGAUGAUACCAUGAAGAGAAGUUUACAGGCCCUCUAUUGCCAACUAUUAAGCUUCCUCCUGAUCUUGGCACUGACUGAAGCACUGGUAUUUGCCACCCAGGAACCAUCUCCCAGAGAAUCUCUUCAGGUCUUCCCCUCAGGCACCACCCCAGGCACCAUGGUGGCAGCAUCCCUCAGCUCUACCAGACACUCUUCCAUGGCAACUACCCCUACUUCUGUGGUCACACUGAUGCCCCAUCCCGAUGGACCCUCCUCACAGGCUACAGCUCCCAUGGCAAUGACAACACCCCAUCCAGAUGGACACCCUCCUACAAACACCAUCUCCACUAUCACGGUGACAGCAACCACCCCACAUUCUGAAGGCCCCCUACCCACAGAGCCCCUUCCUGCUGCCAUGGUAACCACAUCCUCCUACUCAGAGGGCCACCCCCAGGGGGAGGCUGUGCCCACCAUCCUGCUGACAAAGCCAACGGCAACCACCAGCCGUCCCACCACAGCACCCACCCGGGCUACCACACGCAGGCCUCCCAGGCCUCCAGGCUCUUCCAGAAAGGGGGCCAACAGUUCAUCACGCUCUGUCCUGCCUGCACCCAGUGGCCACUCUGGGAGGAAGGAAGGCCAACGGGGACGAAAUCAGAGCUCCACGUAUCUGGGGCAGAAGCGGCCUCUGGGGAAAAUCUUUCAGAUCUACAAAGGCAACUUUACAGGGUCUGUAGAACCUGACCCCUCCACCCUCACCUCCAGGAACCCACUCUGGGGUUAUUCUUCCUUGCCACAACCCCAGACAGUGGCCACAACCAUGGCGCCCAGUAGGACCUCGUGGGCACCACCCACCAACCCCCUGGUGCCUACAGAGGACAAGCCAGGCCUUAGCAGAGCAGGCCAGGGGGAUGGUUCUACCUUCACCAGCCAAGGAGGGGAGCUGGAUACCACAGUAGCCUCAGGUGCCCCUGCCAGUCCACAACCUGCCCCAGUGCCUUCUCAGCACCCCCGCGGUGACCCACAGGAUGGCCCCAGCCACAGUGACUCCUGGCUUACUGUCACCCCUGGCAUCAACAGACCUCCAUCUACCAGCUCUGGGGUCUCCACAGCCACCGCGGGGCCCACCCAGGCUGCCUUCAAUGCCAGUGUCUCAGCCCCUUCCAAGGGGACUCCUCAGGGAACAUCCUCAACCUCGCAGGCCCCAUCCCAUCCCACGGGCUCAGAAAGCACUAUUUCCCAAGCCAAGGAGGAGGCUACAGCCACCCCCACCAUGACCAACAGGGUGCCCAGUCCUCUCUCCACAGUGGUGUCCACAGCCACAGGAAACUUCCUCAACCGCCUGGUCCCUGCUGGGACCUGGAAGCCUGGAACAGCAGGGAAUAUAUCUCAUGUGGCCGAAGGGGACAAACCCCAGCACAGGGCCACCAUCUGCCUGAGCAAGAUGGACAUCGCCUGGGUGAUCCUGGCCAUCAGCGUGCCCAUCUCUUCCUGCUCUGUCUUGCUGACAGUGUGCUGCCUGAGGAGGAAGAAAAAGACGGCCAACCCAGAGAACAACCUGAGCUACUGGAACAAUGCCAUCACCAUGGACUACUUCAACAAGCAUGCUGUGGAGUUACCAAGGGAGAUCCAGUCCCUUGAAACCUCUGAGGACCAGCUCUCGGAGCCCCGAUCCCCAGCCAAUGGCGACUACAGAGACACUGGGAUGGUCCUUGUUAAUCCCUUCUGCCAGGAAACACUGUUUGUGGGAAAUGAUCAAGUAUCAGAGAUCUAACUGCAGCAGCCCUUGCUUUGCUGUUCCCUACCUGUCGUCUCUAAAUUAUAAAUAUACAAAUAUAUAUUAUAAAUAUAAUCUUUGUGUAACCCUGACUUAAUAAGAAACAUUUUCAGCUUUUUUUUCCUAAGAAUUGUCAACAUCUUUUUUAUAAGUGUGGUUAAAAAAAAAAAAAAACUUUACAGAAUGAUCCGUGGCUUUAUAAAAUAAAGGUAUUUCUAAGCAAAGCAGUUGCAUUGAUUGCUUCUCUUAAUAACUGUCAUUGAGUACUUGGGGGUCCCAGCAGCCCCAGGCAGGUGAGGAAAGAAAUAGACCUGUAGAAGUGAAAUGUUAAAAUAGUCAAGAACACAGCUUCUUAAAGUUCUGGUUCUUCUGGAUUCAGUGGGACCCCACUUCCUCCCCUGCACACCAGUGAAGGCAACUGGACCACCCAAGGGGAAGCAGCAGACUCAUGCACAGAGCAGGAAAAGGGGACAUCUCAUCACCCCAGCGGAUGAUCCUGUACCCACAUGGUGGCACCAUUGACUGUCAAGGCUAAUACCAUCUGAGUUCAGGACAGCAGGCAGGAAGGAACAUGCAGCCCUCAGGAGUCUGUGGAGGACAUUAGGCAUCCCAAGGCCACAUCCUCCUAACAUCACACGACAGGGAGCUUCCACUGUUCUUACAGGACUGCCUUGCCCUAGCAGAAAAAAAAGCCCCACCCACCCCCAA